CAAUGAAUUUUGUGUUGCUCGUGUUGUUAGCACUAAAAAUUUUGGCGAUUUCUGGUGAAGAUGAAAAAGAAACUCGCGAACGCGCCGCUAGUUUAGUGGUUCUGCCACCUUUAGUACUAGGUUACGAAGAAUUAUAUGUAGACAACGAUGAUAACCAACCAGCAAAGAAAGAUAUGGAUUAUCCUAACGAAAAUGGGGGAAAUAAGGUCACACAGGAAACGACGCCAAAGGAUGAGAAACAGCAUCAUGAUGAGUUGGAGCAAAGAGAGAAGAUAAAUGAAGAGGUUACUACAGAGCAACCGAAAGACACCAAAAAAGAAACUACAAAGAAAGAAGAAAAAAAAGAUAAUAAAUAUGUUGCACAAAAGUUAUCAGAUAAGAGUCCAGGGAAGAAAAAAGAACCAAUAAAAGACAAAAAGAAAAAGAACAACAAAACAGCCACGAAGUAUACCAACACGAAACAAUAA